AUGCUUAGCUCCCAACCACCUGCUUCCUAUAUUUUGAAUGCUCACUCUAUUAAACUUGAAUUGAGAUGUACGGAGAUAUUUUUCUCCUAUGGGUACAAUUGCGAGAUUUUUUUUUAUUCUAAUUUGCAAGUUUUAAAAAUUACUGAAAUUUUUGGAGAAGAGCUAAUGGUUGCGAGAUUUUUUUUAUUCAAUUUUGAAAGUUUUAAAAAUUAUACAAGUUGCGAGAUUUUUUUAAAUUCAAUUUUGGAAGUUUUAAAAAUUAUAGAAGUAAAUAGUUAA